CCAUUGACGCGCGCGCAUCGGCUCCACCGCGUCGCAAGCUUCCGCCGCCUUUAUUUGCUUCCCAAGAUGAACCAAACCGCCACGGUAUCGCACCAGGGGCAAUGCCAGCCCGCGAAGCCCGUUAAGGACCUUGGUGGGGUGAGUCCACCUCAAAGGAACUGGAAAGGCAUUGCGAUUGCCUUGCUGGUCAUCCUAGUGGUUUGCUCCCUCAUCACCAUGUCAGUCAUUGUCCUCACACCAGCUGACACCCAAGCUGGAAGUGACACCAAACUGACUGUGGAGGAUCUCUUUAAACCAGAGUUCAAGGUCCACGACCCAAAGGCGAAUUGGAUCAAUGAUUCUGAAGUUAUUUACAGAAACAGUGAUGGCCAUGUCAUCAAGUUCAACAUUCUCUCUAACGAAACAGAGAUUGUCCUAUCAAACACAACAUUUAUAAAUUUCAAUGUGGCCAAGUACUCUGUGUCCCCUGACUUGAAGUAUGUGCUUUUUGCUUAUGAUGUCAAACAGGUUUACAGGCAUUCCUACAUGGCUUCCUACAGCAUCUACAAUAUUCACACAAGGGAGGUUUGGGAGCUGGACCCUCCAGAGGUGGUGAACUCAGUCCUGCAGUAUGCUGCCUGGGGAGUGCAAGGCCAACAACUGAUCUACAUAUUUGAAAAUAACAUCUACUACCAGUCUGAUGUGAAGAGUAACUCUCUGAGGCUGACAUCCUCAGGAAAGGAAGGGAUCAUAUUUAAUGGAAUUGCUGACUGGCUUUAUGAAGAGGAAAUCCUUCAGACCCAUGUGGCACACUGGUGGUCACCGGAUGGAGAGAGAUUGGCCUUCCUCGUCCUUAAUGACAGUCAAGUGCCCAACAUGGCUUUGCCUCGAUUCACGGGCAUGACAUACCCCAAAGGAAAACAGUAUCCGUACCCCAAGGCUGGCCAACCCAAUCCAGUGGUGAAGCUCUUUGUUGUCAAUCUUUACGGGCCGACGCACACGCUGGAGCUCAUGCCACCAGACAGUCUCAAACUACGGGAUCAUUAUGUGACCAUGGUGAAGUGGAUCAGUAAGACCCACACAUCUGUUAGAUGGUUGAACCGGGCUCAGAACAUCUCCACUCUGACUGUGUGUGACACCACCACAGGAGCCUGUGUCACGAGACAUGAAGAAAAUUCUGAGCUCUGGCUUUCCAAACAGAACCAAGAACCCGUGUUCUCUAAAGAUGGCAAAAGAUUCUUCUUGACUGUACCAGUUAAACAAGGAGGACGUGGAGAGUUUCAUCACAUCGCUAUGUUUAACACUCAGUUCAGAACAGAUGAAAAUGAAGUCCGGCAUUUAACAUCGGGAAACUGGGAGGUGACGAAGAUCCUUGGCUUUGAUGAAAACACUGAUAACCUUUAUUUUCUCAGUACGGAGGGUUCACCGCGAAGGCGGCAACUUUACAGUGUGAAAACUGUUGGAUUGUUCCCGCGAUGGUGUUUGACGUGCGAGCUAAAUAAGGCCCACUGUUUGUACUUUGAUGCUGAGCUAAGCCCCACGCACCAGCACAUUAUCCUCCACUGUAAAGGUAGAGGUGUGAUGGUGGUCGCCUUGCAUUCCUUUCCUUUUUCAGAUUACUAUAUUCUUGAGAACAACUCCUUGCUGAAGGCAGCCUUGAACUACAAAAGGAUCCAGCUGACUGACUUCAGGACCGUUUCAACUGGACAUUUUGAUUUACCAUUGAAAAUCUCGUAUCCACCUGACUUCUCGGAAUCUCGUCACUAUGGGCUACUCUUGGUAGUUGAUGGCUUCCCCGGUGGUCAGGCUGUGAGUGACCGCUUUGCUCUCAGCUGGGAUUCAGUGUUGGUCAGCUCUGACAACGUUAUUGUGGCUCGUCUCGAUGGACGCGGUAGCGGCUUCCAGGGCCAGAGGGUCCUGCACGAGGUCCAUCAGAGACUGGGCACUGUGGAUGUUCAAGACCAAAUCGCAGCAGUGGACUACAUGAUGAACUUUCCAUACAUCGAUAAGACUCGCAUAGCAAUUUUUGGAAAGGGUUAUGGAGCCUAUAUUGCAUUAAUGCUGCUGAAGUCCACGGAUAGCCUCUUCAAAUGUGCAUGUGCAAUGUCACCCAUGACAGACUUGAAGUUGUAUGCAUCGGCCUUCUCGGAGCGAUACCUUGGCAUGCCUCUACGAGAUGACAGCAGAUACCAGUUCUCCAGUGUGCUGCAGAAUGUUCAUGCACUAAGAGAGCAGACACUGAUGCUGGUACACGGCACAGCAGAUGCCAACGUCCACUUUCAACAUACUGCCGAGCUUGUCAAGAACCUUGUGAAAGUUGGAGCAAACUACUCAAUGCAGCUCUACCCAGAUGAGGGCCAUUUCCUGUCUCGUCAGAGCAACCAGCACCUGUAUGCCACUCUUACCAGCUUCUACAGGGAGUGCCUGAAGGAGGAGUUGCUCCCACUGAUUGACGAUGAAGAAGAGGAGGAGGAGGAGUAGCCAGAAGACCUUUUUGCAUUUGGCCCGCGCGUUAUACGGACAUGGACAGUCUAGUUUAGAGCUGCUCAUGCGCUUAAGUGUGCGUUAUAAAGACCGUUUAUGGACACCUAUGAUGACAGUGACACUUUUUACUGUGGGGACUUGAGGUAGGAAAUGGCCUCUAAAAUGAUUUCAAUUCCACUACAAUUAUUGUCAAAGCACACUGAACACUGUCCUCGUCUUUUGCGGGAUCUCUUGUCGCGCUUGUUGUCAUUCCACGUUAUUUCGUUGCAUGGUUCUUUUUCCCGUUAUGACUUCCAUUCCCUUCAACCUGGUCUCUUUUGUGCUAACAAAUGGGAGGACAUCACUUUUUAUCUUACCUCUUCUUUGAUUGCUGGAUUGCAACGUUCACUAGACUAUCUGGCGAAAAGUUAAACACUGUGUCUUGUUCAGGAUCUGAAAUGGGUUACACUUGGUCCAUCUAUGUGCAAAAAAAAAAAAAAAAACAAUUAGCCCUGCACGCCUAAAACAUGGGCAAAGCAAUUUACAUAAUGAUUUAAACUUCACUAUUUCUUUCUUGAGUAUCUUCGCAAAGUGUUUUGAUUAAUCAGAAGAAUUAAAAAAAUAAACGUUAUACUUCUCCACUAAACAAUGUAUUUCUAGUCAAGUAUUAAGAAGAGAUGUAGUGAUUCACAAAGAAACACUCCUCAGCCACUCGGAUCCUGGAUAAGUGCAAUUCCUACUGUAACCUUCCACCAUUGCCCCCUACAUCAAAAAUAUUUUGUCAAUAUCACAUUUAUUGUACAGAGGUUUUGUGGUGACAUGUACAAUGCCUUAUGAGGUUCAACAUAUUGUACUAUAUCUCGUGGGCGGUGGUAGUUUUGCCAUUGGCACUGUUACGUAAACCGAUGUCAACUCAGGUGUUCGAGAAAUAGACACAGUUUUGGAUGCGAAAGGUAAAAACUCUCCGUCUGCCGUCCGGUCGCAAUUAAGUUUCUACAUGAAGAUAAAUUACAGGUCAUACAGUACCAGUCAUCUCCAUUUCAGAAGAUAUGUUAUUUAAUACUAAUGCAGUGACAUCUCAAAAGUGGUGCAUAUUCUUUUUUUUUUUUCAGGAUAUUCUCCAAAGACCUAAUAUUUGAAAAUGAAAAUUAUGAAAUGGACUUAUUUGCAGUAUCAAUAAGGUGUUUGCAUGUCUACAGGGAAUGUGUCACGUUUUGCCACAUUUUGUACAGAACAAUACAGCAAAGUGUGUACAUAAAUAUAUUUUUGAGAUGUCUCAUAGAAAGUUGAGUCUAAAGGGAAUUCAUUGCUUUUACUUGGAUGUAUUGUAUGGUUAUGUUUCUAUUAUGUUUCAUCUCUACUGUUCAUUUUAGUAGAAUGGAUUUUGUAAUGCUUGGUCUUUUUUUUCUUGCCAUUUUAAAAAGGGAAAGGACAGUGUCGUGGUUUUGGGGUUGCUGUGAUUGUCCUCUAGCAAUGGGUAUAAAUAGGUCAUUAAUACAAAAUAAAUAAAUGAAUUAACACCAAAGUGUACUGAGUCAGCAUUGUCCACACAUAACCAAUGGGAUUUACUGUAAGUACAGGAAUAAGAUGAAUGAUGAAGUCAUUUUAGAAGCUGUGGUGUAAUUUCUUUUCAUUGAGACAUUGAAUAAAACCUCCCAAAUACUGAGCAACAGGGCCAAAUGUAACUGAACCAUUCAACGGUUCACAACAAAAUUGCCCAACAGGACGGAAGAAAGAUGCGAAGAGUUUUUCGAACCCCAGGGGUCGCUUUUUUGCUGUUGUUGUUGUUGCCGCAAGUUCAAAAUCGGCGGCAGGUGUGCGAGGGUCAGUUGCCGACUGUAAUUUGGUGGCCAUUGUCUAGUUCAGUCGCGUCGCUCGGUGUAUGUUCGGGCUUGUAAAUUGCAAAAACCUUUACUAGCAACUUACAGAACUUGUUUCCAGUCAUUCUCAGCAUCAAUAAUUGAUUUACAUAUAACCGUAUUGAUCAAACACACUGCUGUCGACAGGAUGUAAAGUAGGACUAUAUUGAAGUGAAUUAUAUUGAUACACAUUAGCCCAUUUCACCCUUCAGUAUACAGAAUAUGUAAACAUUUCCAACAUGAAGUGCAUGAAUUAGAUUGCCACACAAUGGAUGAUCUCGUCAUUUCAGCAAGUUGGGUGGCGCAAAUGACUGUACCGCCCAUUCUCCCAUCUACAUAGUGUGUGUUUAGCAAGUGUAUGCUAACAAACAAGACUAAUUUCACAAAAGACAAUUAGCUUGUCUCACACCGUCUGACCAAGUUGGUUUUGUUCUGUUCUGCCUCACAUCUUGUUUCUGAGUUUAUUAAAAGUGUCAACUUUUGUUCUUUA